UUUCGUCAGAGCCGCACGAGUGUCGCACUAUCGCAGUGGUCGUAUUGCCGGCUGUACAUCCAUUGAACGCAUCUGUACCGAAGUCAUAUCGUAUCCCGCGAGUUGUUGUUGUUUUUUUUUAUUACUAUUUUUUAUUGUCAGUUGCCGUUGUACUCGCCUACGAUGUCUAACGCCUGCGUACCCGAUAGUGUCAAGUGUCUGGACGGAAUCGACUACGAAGUCGUAAAACAUAACGCUCAUUUCGAAUGGGUGACCGAAUACGAGAAUACCAUUAAACAAUUGUCUUCGGAAGUGUUCGACACUUUGAUAGUGAAAGACGAAGGAAAAAUGCUGGACAUCGCCGUCAAGGGUCUCGAUGGGUUCCAAGGAAAGCUGAAAUCGUCAAUGGACGCUUUGGUGAAACAGGUCAGAGACAAAUCCGGCACGGACGAGCGGGCCAAAUCGUUUGUCGGCGAGUGGGCUGAAGCCGCCAAAUACCAUGCCGAUUUGAAGUACCAUCACGCUGGUGGGGGUCCAAAUGCCAUGAAAGUGCGUUGGGGCUUCGAGGGUGCCAUCAAGUACAUAAUCGUGUGCGCUACGCAUCUGGCCGACGAGGGUGGCGAUGAUGCAGACUUCAAAAAGGAAGUUUCUGGCUACGUGAAAGAUGUCAUCAUUCAAAGCUUGAUCGAUCAUCUGAACGGCAUUAAGAGCGAAUUGGAAGCUCUCCAAAAAACUUCGUAGACACAACGACGAUGUUAUGCACCAGGACGUGAACUUCUAAACAUACCAAUUUUAAUAUUAUAUAAAACAAACUUAAAAUUUUAUCAAUUUAUAUGUGUGAUUAUAUUAUUAUUUAUAAUGCA